AUGACACCACAACCUUCGUCUACUACAAUAUCAGGAACUACCAAUGGUUCUAAUAAUGAUAUUGACGUAGAUUCAAUAAUAGCAAAGCUAUUGGAGGUACGUGGCUCUCGCCCAGGAAAACCGGUUCAACUCACUGAGAAAGAGAUACGCGGAAUAUGUAUUAAGUCUCGUGAAAUUUUUAUGAGCCAACCUACUCUACUUGAAUUAGAUGCGCCUAUUAAAAUUUGUGGAGACAUACAUGGACAGUACUAUGACUUACUUCGACUGUUUGAAUACGGUGGUUUCCCACCAGAUACCAAUUAUUUGUUUCUUGGAGAUUAUGUAGACAGAGGAAAGCAGAGUUUGGAAACUAUUUGUUUAUUAUUUGCAUACAAAAUCAAGUAUCCUGAGAAUUUUUUUUUGUUAAGAGGAAAUCACGAAUGUGCAUCUAUUAAUCGAAUUUAUGGAUUUUAUGAUGAAUGUAAGCGAAGGUAUAAUGUAAAGCUUUGGAAGACUUUUACGGAUUGUUUUAAUUGCUUACCCGUGGCUGCCAUAAUUGAUGAAAAAAUUCUCUGUAUGCACGGUGGCCUUUCUCCUGAAUUACAUAAAUUGGAUCAAAUAAGAAAAAUUGAAAGACCGACAGACGUUCCAGAUACCGGGUUACUUUGCGAUCUGUUGUGGUCUGAUCCUGAAAAAGACGUAAGGGGAUGGGGAGAAAAUGAUAGGGGUGUAUCAUUCACUUUUGGACAUGAUGUGGUUGAGAAAUUCCUAAGAGAUCAUGAUAUGGAUCUUAUUUGUAGAGCCCAUCAAGUGGUAGAGGACGGAUAUGAGUUCUUUGCAAAACGCCAGUUAGUCACCCUUUUUUCAGCCCCAAAUUAUUGUGGCGAAUUCGACAAUGCAGGUGCUAUGAUGUCUGUUGAUGAAACUUUAAUGUGUUCCUUCCAGAUCUUAAAACCUGUAGAGAAGAAAAAACUUAAACCAUAA